AUGCCAGUCAUCGAAACACUUGGCGGUGCUCUUUUCGGUGCUGUCCUUCAGGUUCUAUUUGACAGGGUGGAUUCCCGUCAAAUUCUGGACUACUUUCUUGGAAGAAAGCUGGAUGAGAAGCUGCUGAGAAAGUUGAGGUGGAAGCUGGUGUCCAUCAAUGCUGUGGUUGAUGAUGCAGAACAAAAGCAGUUCAGAAAUGCAUAUGUGAGAGCAUGGGUUCAUGAGGUCAGAGACGUGUUGCUUGACACUGAGGAUCUGCUUGAUGAAAUACACUAUGAAUUCUCCAGAUGUGAGUUGGAAGCUGAAUCCCAUCAGAGCAAUUCUAACAAGGUAUGCAAAUUUGAAUCGAGGAUUUGGGAAGUCCUUGAUGACCUAGAAUCUCUUAAAAACCAAAAGGAUGGUCUAGGUUUGAGAAAUUCCAGUGGGGUUGGGACAGGGUUGGGUAGUAAAGUGUCACAUAAAUUGGAAUCAACAUCUUUGGUGGUUGAAAAUGUUAUUUAUGGAAGAGAUGAUGAAAAAGAAAAGAUCCUCAAAUGGAUGAAUUCUGACACUGACAAGCAGAGCCAACUAUCAAUAUUUUCUGUUGUGGGCAUGGGUGGGCUGGGUAAGACCACACUUGCCCAACAUGUAUACAAUGACUCGGGAAUCGAGGAGGGAAAUUUUGCCAUCAGAGCUUGGGUUUGUGUUUCAGAUGAAUUUGAUGUUUUAACGGUAACAAAACAAAUGAUUGGGGCAAUCACCAAAUCAAAAGAUGAUGGUGGAGACCUAGAAAUGGUUCAAGGAAGAUUGAAAGAAAAACUGAUUGGGAGGAAGUUUCUUGUCGUUCUGGAUGAUGUCUGGAACGAAGACCGAGAGAAAUGGAAAGCUUUGCAAACUCCUCUCAAUUAUGGGGCAAAGGGAAGUAAAAUUAUUGUCACGACACGGAGUAACAAAGUUGCUUGGAUCGUGCAAUCGAAUGAAGUACAUGAACUGACGCAAUUAGGUGGAGAUCACAGCUGGCAAGUUUUUGCUAAACAUGCAUUCCAAGAUGACAAUCCGCAGAUGAAUGCUGAGUUGAAGGAGAUUGGAACAAAGAUAGUUGAGAAGUGCAAAGGAUUGCCUCUAGCCUUGGAAACAGUUGGAUCUCUUUUGCGCUCGAAGUCAUCUGUUUCAGAAUGGAAAAGUGUAUUGAGAAGCGAGAUAUGGGAGUUCCCUGAAGAAGAUAGUAAAAUCAUCCCUGCUUUAUUGUUGAGCUAUUACCAUCUUCCUUCUCAUCUCAAGAGAUGUUUCUCUUACUGUGCCGUAUUUCCUAAAGAUCAUGAGUUUGUCAAGGAGAAUUUAAUUCACUUAUGGAUGGCCGAAAAUUUUCUACAAUGCUCUCAACAGAGUAAGUCUCAAGAAGAAGUUGGUCAACAGUACUUCAAUGAUCUAUUAUCAAGGUCCUUCUUUCGACAAUCCAGUAGCCUCAAAUCAUGUUUUGUCAUGCAUGACCUUCUUAAUGAUUUGGCCAAAUAUGUUUCUGGUGACAUCUGUUUCAGAUUGGGAGUUGAUAGAGAAGAGAGUAUAACGAAGGCAACACGCCACUUGUCAUGUGUGAUUGAUGGUGAUCAAUAUUAUCGUUGGUAUGAGUGUUUAUAUAAUCUAAAGAGGCUACGAACAUUUUUUCCCGUACAUAUUGAACCGUAUAUGGCUCUAUAUUGGAACGGUGAGACUUCAAUGCAUGAGUUGAUAUUUAAGUUGAAGUUCUUACGCAUUUUAUCUUUUAAUGCUUGUCGUACCCUUGAAGAGGUACCGGACACUAUAGGUGAUCUUAUACAUCUCCGGUAUUUAGACCUUUCAUGGACUUACAUUAAAAAACUGCCGGACUCAACAUGUUCACUGUGCAACUUACAAACUUUGAAACUGAACGGUUGUUGCCAUUUGAAGGAGCUGCCCUCGGAUCUGCAUAAACUCACCAAUUUGCGCCGCCUUGAACUUAUUGAAAAUAGUGUGACAAAGGUGCCAAUGCAUAUGGGAGAAUUAAAGAAUCUUCAAAUAUUGAUGACUCCAUUCAAUGUUGGGAAAAGUAGCGAGUUACGUAUCCAACAGCUAGGAGAACUCAGUCUCCAUGGGGAUCUACUAAUUGAGAAUCUGCAAAAUACUGUAAAUCCCUCGGAUGCUUUGGCAGGAGAUUUGAAGAAUAAAACAAAUCUGAUUCGGCUAGAUUUACGAUGGGAUUCGAUAAGGAACCUUGACAAUUCAAUUGAAGAAAGAGAAGUACUUGAGAAUCUGCAACCUUCCAGAUAUUUGAAGCAUUUGUCAAUCAGUGAGUAUGGUGGGACACAAUUUCCAAGUUGGUUAUCUGAUAAUUCAUUAUCGAAUGUUGUGUCCUUAAGCUUGAAUAACUGUAGACAUUGCCUAUGGUUGCCUUCCCUUGGACUUUUGACAUUUCUUAAGCACCUGAAAGUUGAGGGGCUUGAUUGGAUCGCGAGGAUUGAUGCUGAUUUUUAUGGGAAUAGCUCUUCUUCAUUUGCAUCCUUGAAAAGUUUGAAAUUCUCUGAUAUGAAGGAAUGGGAAGAAUGGCAAUGCAUGACUGGUGCUUUUCCAAAUCUUCGAAGUCUUUCUUUGGAGAAUUGUCCCAAGCUGAAAGGGCACUUGCCAGACCAACUUUGUCAUUUAAAGUACCUACUUAUUAAGGACUGCAAAGAACUUGUGACUCUUGCUCCGAGCACCCCUGAAAUUUUUGAAUUAGAGCUACGAUGUUGUGGAAAGCUGCAAAUUGAUCAUCAUCAUCUAACUACUUUGCAAAGGCUCGUGAUUGAGGGUGAUAACAUGGAGGCGUCGCUGCUUGAAAGGCUUGGGCAUAUCAUAUCUCAUACUCCGCUUGAAUCCGUGAGUAUUUAUUCUUCGCCGAACAUGAAUCUUCCCCAAAACCAUUGCUACGACUUUAUUUUAAAAUUGAAUAUCAAGGGUGGUUGUGACUCUCUGACGAACUUCGAUCUAGAUCUCUUUCCAAAACUCUGCCAUCUUAUUCUACGUGGGUGUCGUAACCUGCAGAAGAUAUCACAGGGGCACCCUCAUAAUCAUAUGAAGAAUCUGACCAUUAAAAUGUGCUCUCAAUUUGAAUCAUUUCCCAGUGAAGGGUUGUCUGCACCGCAGUUAGAGAGCAUUGAUAUUACAAAAUUGGAGAAUUUGAAAUCAUUGCCAGAAAACAUGCCGGAACUCCUUCCAUCUCUUACUGAUAUGUGCCUAAUCGAUUGUCCAGGAGUGGAGUUCUCUGAUGGAUGUUUGCCAUCAAAUCUAAAAUCCAUGGAUCUCUCAAAUUGCUCCAAACUUGUUGCCUCACUGAAAGGGGCUUUGGGAGACAACCCCUACCUAGAAAGCUUGUUUAUUUCAGAAGUGGAUGUGGAGUGUUUUCCGGGUGAAGGUUUGCUCCCACUCUCUCUUACUACUCUAGAGAUCUCUGGAUGUCCAAAUCUUAAAAAGCUGGACUACAAUGGUCUCUCUAAGCUCUCCUCUCUUGAGGAGUUGUUUCUUCAUAAGUGUCCUAUACUCCAAUGCUUGCCAGAGGAGGGUCUGCCCAAAUCCAUUUCAACUCUCCAUAUUACAGACUGCCCGUUGCUCAAACAGCGGUGCAAGAAACAAGGCGAAGACUGGGAAAAGAUUGCUCACAUUAAAGACAUAGUUGUCGAUGGCGAACGAGUAAAGAUAUAG